AUGCUACCGUUGGCCGCCAUGGUAACCGUGAGACGCUAAGCUAGCUAAGCUAAAACAUAGCGCGGUGUAUGGUAACGUUACCAUAGACAGAUUGUCUUUAAUGGUACUGGGGGCUAACGUAAAUAGCUACGUUUAGUAAAAAAAAAAAAAAUACGCUCUCAAUUACUUAACAAAGGUGUAUCUGUGUUUGUCUUGCAGUUUGUUGUUGUGAGCGUUUACUCACGUUAGUCAUUGGGAGCAUUCACUCAUGUUACGUUACCAUCUAGCUAUGCUAGCUUGAGCAUUAACGUAAUAACUAGCUAGCUAGCUAGCUAGCUAACGUUAGCUGGACUUGAUGACACAUAACCCUGGAGGCUACGAGCGAUAUUUCUAUCGUUACCCAUGGCUUUCUAUGAAGUCUAUUCCCACCCGGCUUUGAUUCGGUACAAAACGAGUGUUUGCACAAAAGCCACUCUGUUUCUGGUUGUUGUUUUGUGCCUCACCUACAUCCCACCUCUGCUCGUUGCCUACAGGAGCCAAGGUUUCUGGGUAAAAAGAAGCACUUAUGAGGAACAACCGGUUGUGAGGUUUCAGUACCAGACUCUGCUGGUGGCAGCAACCAGCACUCAGGGAGACUACGUCGCCUGGAGCACCUUUCCCCAUCUAAACAACAUGCUUGGUGCCAACCUCCGGAUGCCUGCUGUCUCUGUGCGCGAAGAGGACCAGAACCAGGAUGGGAAGUUGGACCUCCUGAUUUUUCAACUGGAGCUACCUCUAAAACCUGAGGAACAGGUGUACAGUGUACAACUGCUGCUCACCUUCAGCUACAAGCUCUUUCGGAUGUCCACAGUGGUGAUGCAGAGCCUGGCUUAUGUGCAGCACUCUUCUUCUGUCCCCGGAGCUAAGCUGUUCAUCAGCGGAGACCUGAGGCUGAUGCAGAGGACCCCCCUGCCUCACCGGGGACUGUACAACAUUUACAACGUGUCAGUGAUCGAUGGCUCCAGCCCCUUUGCAAGUGCGUAUGACCUGGACAACAUAAUUAGGAGCUACCAGGACAGAAACUUGACCACAGUACUGUCCUGUCCCAUGCCGGUCUGGACUGUGGGGCGAGCUGCUGGCUCUCCCUUUCAGCUUAAUGCUGAGAUCCGGUACCCUAUGGAGGUCAUAAGCUAUCGUCCUGGCUUCUGGGAAACCAUCAAAUUAGCCUGGAUUCAAUACGUCAGUGUCCUCCUCAUCUUCCUCUGGGUCUUUGAACGCAUACAGAGAUUUGUUUUCCAGAACCAGGUUCUAACCACCGUACCCAUACCUUUGGGAAAACCUCACCUGUCAUGAUGCAGUGGUAGUGCUUUGACCCCCCAGGUAUCCAUAAACCAGCAGACAAUAUUACAUUGUUCUCACAAGGACCAACACUGAUACUCUUUGACUGAAAUGUGAUACCAAAAUCAAUGACCGUUUGAGUUUUAAUGAAUAGCCAUUAGGUCAGUUUUAUAAUUACAUUAUGGCAUACAUAAACAUCAAAUUCUUCCAUUUAUCACUAUAAGAUUUGUCUUUCUAGUUUGAACUCAUCACUGAACAAGUAUGAGCAAUGGACCUCCCAAGAACUUGCUGUAUUCCUUUAGAAAUGUGGCUGUAUUUUAUACAAACAUGCACAAAUUAAUUUACAUCAUAACCUUUUCCUGGACUGGUUUCUAUGCAGGAAGUACACUAGUUCUGGCCCUGGAAAAUGCAUUUAUUUUACUGCUAUUUGAAACAAUGGCAAUGUAUAGAAAAUAUCAAUAGAUUUUCUAUAUUUUUUACAAUUUGUAUGUUUAUGACAAUUUGUGACAGCAAUUAAAGAAAUGAUUUGUUAAUUUUUGUAUUGUACUGUUAGUUUUAGGUGAUGGAUAAUAAACGAUUUGUACAUUUCAA